GAAAACUGUGAAGUCCUCUAUGGGAAUCUGUAGGUUGAAACCGAAGUGAAGAGUUUUCCCAGGUCACUCCUUUCUCUGCAUGGGGCCGUCUGAGGAAGAUUUUAAAAGCAGGUUCUUGCACAGAUGCUCCUCCCUCAAUAACACUCCUACGAGUGCCCUUUUUCACAUCCACAAUUCAGACACACACAAAAACAGAUUUUGGCCGACUUGCUAUGACAGUCUUACCGGAUUUUUGAUUGAAGAAGAAGAAGAAGACGCACUUCAGAGAGAAACUCCAGAUCUGAUAAAAUGUUGGUGUGGACAACUCUCAUUCUGGCCUCUCAGCUGCUGAAUGUGGAGGCCCAGGCUUUGGUUUACGAUCUGCUCACCUCACCUGACUGCUUGCCAGACCUGCUGCAGGGGGGAUUGGCUGAACAAGGGGUGAACGACGCUUUCAUCUUAACAUCCUUCAAGUUGCUGCCCAAAACCGGAACCACGGUGUUCAGUUUGUACAACCCCAGGGACAACAGCAAGUAUUUUGAGUUCACGGUGAUGGGGAAACUCAACCGAGCUGUGUUACGUUACCUGCGGAGUGACAAGAGAAUGAGCUCCAUUACCUUUAACAACCUGGUGCUGGCGGACGGCCAACAGCACCGACUGUUGUUCCACCUGAAGGGGCUGCAGCAGCAGGAGCCAGGUGGGGUGGAGCUGCAUCUGGACUGCAGGCUGGUGGAGACGGUCAGGGAUCUCCCUGCUGCUUUCCGAGGUUUGCCGGCAGGGUACGGUCUGGUGGAGCUGAAGACGAUGCAGGCCAGGGCCCAGGAAAGCUUAGAUGAGCUGAAACUAGUGGUUGGAGACUCGUUUGAGAACGUUGCAUCCCUGCAAGACUGCCAUUUCCAGCAAAGAGACUCUGUCCAAACUCUGGGGGUCAACACGAAGCAGCUGUCUAAUCAAAUGCAGGAGUUAACCAAGGUGAUAAAUGAACUGAAGGAUGUGCUCAUUCAGCAGGUUAAAGAAACCUCUUUCCUCAGAAACACCAUCUCCGAGUGUCAGGCCUGCGGUCAGAACAUUCACAGUCUUGGUGGAACUGAGGUGGUGAAGCCGAGCUGUGGCCCAGGUGUUUGUUUCCGUGACGAUAUGUGCAUUGAGACGGCGGACGGCGUCGAGUGUGCUCCCUGUCCGGAUGGAUACACUGGAGAUGGUUUCAACUGUGAUGAUGUAGAUGAGUGCCAGUUUAACCCCUGCUUCCCUGGAGUGAAGUGCGUGAACACCGCCCCAGGUUUCCGCUGCGACGCCUGUCCUCUGGGCUACAUCGGCCUGCCAGUGGAGGGCGUGGGUAUUGUGUUCGCUCAGACCAACAAACAGGUGUGUGAUGAUGUUGAUGAGUGCAAAGGACCAGAUAAUGGAGGCUGUACUCAAAACUCACAUUGUCACAACUCUGUGGGCUCUUUUUACUGUGGCAGCUGUAAGACAGGUUUCACAGGAGAUCAGGUGAAGGGCUGCGAGCCAGAGCUCAGCUGUGGAAACAGCCUGACUAACCCCUGUGAUGUCAACGCCCAGUGUGUUCGAGAAAGAGAUGGGUCAAUCUCCUGCCAGUGUGGAAUUGGCUGGGCCGGUAACGGAUACAUGUGCGGGAAGGACACGGACAUUGAUGGAUACCCAGAUGAGAAACUCAAAUGCAAAGACCCAAACUGUAAAAAGGACAACUGCAUUUAUGUCCCCAACUCUGGUCAAGAGGACGUUGACAGGGACGGCCUGGGAGACACAUGUGACGACGAUGCAGAUGGGGACGGCAUUCCUAAUGAGCAGGACAACUGCUGGUUGAAGCCAAACGUGGACCAGAGGAACAGUGAUAAAGACAGCCACGGCGAUGCCUGUGACAACUGCCGCCUGGUGGAGAACCCCGACCAGAGGGACACGGACGAGGACGGCAAAGGCGACGCCUGUGAUGAUGACAUGGAUGGAGAUGGUCUGGCAAACUUCCUGGACAACUGUCAACGUGUCCAAAACAGGGACCAGCUUGACCGCGAUGGAGACGGAGUGGGAGACGCCUGUGACAGCUGUCCUGAUAUCCCCAACCCCAACCAGUCUGAUGUUGAUAACGACCUGGUUGGAGAUUCUUGUGACACAAACCAAGACAGCGAUGGCGAUGGUCACCAGGAUACCAAGGACAACUGUCCAUUCGUGAUCAACAGCUCCCAGUUGGACUCUGACAAAGACGGGCUGGGAGACGAAUGUGACGAUGACGACGACAAUGACGGGAUCCCGGAUCUCCUACCACCAGGACCGGACAACUGCAGGCUGGUGCCAAACCCUGAGCAGGUUGAUGACAACAAUGAUGGUGUUGGAGACAUUUGUGAGUCCGACUUUGACCAGGACAAAGUGAUCGACAGGAUCGACAACUGUCCCGAGAAUGCUGAGAUUACCCUGACUGACUUCAGGGCCUAUCAGACGGUGGUCUUGGACCCUGAAGGCGAUGCCCAGAUUGACCCCAACUGGGUUGUCCUCAACCAGGGAAUGGAAAUUGUUCAGACCAUGAAUAGUGACCCGGGACUUGCUGUUGGCUACACUGCUUUCAGUGGAGUUGACUUUGAAGGAACUUUUCACGUAAACACAGUUACUGAUGACGACUACGCUGGCUUCAUCUUUGGGUACCAGGACUCGUCCUCCUUCUACGUAGUGAUGUGGAAGCAGACCGAACAAACGUACUGGCAGGCAACGCCCUUCAGAGCUGUGGCAGAGCCCGGAAUUCAGCUUAAGGCUGUAAAGUCUAAAUCAGGUCCUGGAGAACACCUGAGAAAUUCUCUGUGGCACACAGGUGACACUAAUGACCAGGUUCGUCUGUUGUGGAAGGACCCCAGAAACGUUGGCUGGAAGGAUAAGGUGUCCUACCGCUGGUACCUGCAGCACCGCCCACAGGUUGGAUACAUCAGAGUUCGUUUUUAUGAAGGAAGUGAACUGGUUGCAGACUCUGGUGUCACCAUUGACACCACAAUGAGAGGAGGACGACUUGGUGUCUUCUGUUUCUCCCAAGAAAACAUCAUCUGGUCCAAUCUGAAAUAUCGCUGCAAUGACACCAUCCCAGAGGAUUUCCAGGAGUUCAGCGCUCAACAUGCCGUUGACUCAAUCUGAAGACAGGAGUGAUGUGGGACAUCGAACCUAUAAAGAUUACACCAUUGUGUGUGUGUGUGUGUGUGUGUGUGUGUGUGUGUGUGUGUGUGUGUGUGUGUGUGUGUGUGUGUGUGUGUGUGUGCACUUGUCUAUAUGUUUAAGUGGACAAAUUUGAACUUUAACCUGUAACAUGUGGACAUUUCCACAACGUGGGGACAUUCUGCUGGUCCACACAAUGCUAAACAGCCUAAAAUUUUGUUUUGUUUUGUGUGUAUUAACUUUUAGUUUAGGUUAGGGUUAGGAAUAGUACCCCAUUGGUUAGGGUUAGGUGUGGGUUAGGCAUAGCGGAGUCAGUAAAAUGAAUGGAAGUUAAUGAUGGUCCACACUAGCAUAGGUGUGUGUGUGUGUGUGUGUGUGUGUGUGUGUGUGUGUGUGUGUGUGUGUGUGUCUGCAUUUACAUUGAAUAUGACUACAACUCUAUGAUUUCACAUUUUAAUCAGUGUUCAUCUUUUUAAAGAGAUUUUAAAAUAAACAGCUGAGCUAAAUAAAUUAUAAAGGUCAAAAUCAAACACAAAAUCUAAAUAAAACACAGCUAAAUUUAUAAAGAUGCAGUGAAAUGAAAAUAUAAAUGAGGUGUAUGGUAUCUUAACAUACUUUGUUUUUUGUAGAUGAAAUAAGUAAUCUGUAAAUACCCAGAUAACAGAAGCACGUUUGUUUUCCUCUCCAGCAAACCUACAAGCAUUUUUUACAUUAUAGACCAGUUUCUUUCAGCCUCUUCACUCAAAAUCCAACAAAUUAAGUUGAAAAUAUAGUAAAUUCAUGCCGGUGUCACUGAGCUGCCCUCGUUUUUAUUGUGCUGCCUACAUGCUGCCAGAGCAUUUGUUAUUAAGGGACAAAAAGCAUUUUGUGGGCUGUUCUUUAUGAAGAAAAAUGUUGUUUUUCCUCAAAAUUCAAUUCCUAAUAAAAUGUCUUGUAUUAAAUAAGUUUACUUUCUUUCUGAGUUUGCCCCAAAAAAAUAAAUAAAAAGUAAGAAAACUC